GGAACGUCGCAUAAAGUAACCAGAGCUCUGGCGAAUUGCCGGAAUUUGUCCAACCACCGGCGAACGUCAAGGAAUGGUUGCCAUUAACGUUUUUUUGGGUCUGAAAUAAAGAGAGUUUAUUGAGAAAGCGAAGGGCCAUCUGUACGCUGGAUCUCGAAGUAGAGAGAGAGAGAGAUCCAUAUACGGAUCUGAAUUCUGCAAAAAAAUGUUUCUUCUUCUUACUAUACUGACAGUAAUAGAAAGGUAUUUGAAAAAAGAUUAGCUUUUUUCACCAUCGCAAAAGCAGUUCCGCUGCCUCCGCAGCUGUUCUGUGAUCUUAUUUUAUUACUUUUCGUUUCUUCUGACGGAUCUAGUGAGAGAGAGAUAGAGUGUGUGUCUGUGUGUAUCCCAGAGUCAACCGACCCUUUUCACAGCUUUGGUUUUAGUAUUUGUAAGGCUUCGAGGAGUCCACAUAAGCGUUUAUCUUCACCUUUUUAUUUUAUUUUCUCUCUCUCUCUCUAGAAGUCUUUCGUAUUCUCCGUUUACAGUGUUAGUCAUGGAAGCUCUGGGUAGUCAAGAGUCAAGACAUGCAGAAGAAGGGAUAUAACCCUUUAGCUCAAUAGGGUUAUUUAGUUCCCCCCCCCCCCCCAUCCCUUUCUCCGAUCGUCCUUCGCUGGUGGUUUUCCUUUUUCCCAUAUCUGUGGCGUCGUUUGUUGACAGAGGAGCUCAAUAGAGAGAGGGAGACGGGGAGAGAACGAAGUGCGAAGCAGCAGAAAAGCUUUUGCUUGCCUUCUUUCUCUUUCUUUCUCUCCAGCUCCUCAGUUCUUUCCAGAGAGGGAGUUGGAGACAUUAGUUUCCUGCUUUUGUCUCCUCUGUCCUCUCUGUAUUUCUUUUUUCUUUUCUUUUUUUCCUGCCCUUUUGGGCGGCGAUUUCUUUCUCUGAGCUACUCCGUUUUUGGUUAACUUGUUAGUUUUUCAUCCUCUCCCGUGGUUUUACGUUUCUGGGUUUGUGAAUUUAAACUGUAUAUCUUGAACGGAUCGGAGAUUGUUGUGACGGAGGUGAAUCAACAAAUGUGGUUUUAGCUCUUGUAGAUAGGACGAUUGUACGAAGUAGAAGCAUCAAAAAAGGAAUCCAGGAAGGGAAGUCGACGUUAAUUAGAGAACUAGGGAAGUAUUUUGAUGAAUUUUGGGGGUUUUUUCGAGAACAGUUCUGGUGUUGGUGGUGCUAGAGUCGUGGCCGAUAUACCUUACAACAACAUGCCGGCUGGUGCGAUCGCUCAGCCACGCCUCGUCGCUCCUUCUCUGGCCAAAUCUAUGUUCUCUUCUCCAGGCCUCUCUCUCGCACUUCAAACAAGUAUGGAGGGGCAUGGGGAUGCAAGUAGGAUUGGAGAGAAUUUGGAUUCAGCCCUAACAGCGGGGAGGUUUAAUAAGGAGGAUGGGUAUGAGAGCAGAUCUGGUAGCGAUAACAUGGAGGGCGGAUCCGGUGAUGAUCAGGAAGCCGAUAUCCCACCGAGGAAGAAGAGAUACCACCGACACACUCCACAGCAAAUCCAAGAGCUUGAAUCUCUCUUCAAGGAGUGCCCUCAUCCAGAUGAGAAGCAAAGGCUAGAACUAAGCAGGAGGCUUAACCUGGAAACUAGGCAAGUAAAGUUCUGGUUUCAGAACCGCCGCACUCAGAUGAAGACCCAACUGGAACGCCAUGAGAACUCAAUACUUAGGCAAGAGAACGAUAAGCUGCGAGCUGAGAAUAUGUCGAUUAGGGAUGCCAUGAGGAACCCAAUCUGCACCAACUGUGGUGGCCCAGCGAUGCUAGGAGAGAUCUCUUUGGAGGAGCAACACCUUAGGAUUGAGAAUGCUCGCUUGAAGGAUGAGCUUGAUCGAGUUUGUGCCCUGGCAGGGAAGUUUUUGGGUAGGCCAAUCUCAUCCUUGGCCACUUCAAUGCCACCACCUCAUAUGCCCAACUCAAGCUUGGAACUCGGUGUUGGAAGUAAUGGGUUUUCUGGGUUAAGCACUACAGCUGUAACUUUACCUUUGGUAUCUGAUUUUGGAGGUGGGGUUUCUCCUGGUGCCUUGCCUGUUGUGCCUCCACCCAGGACAGGAUCCGGUGUGACAAGCCUUGAGAGGUCACUGGAGAGAUCGAUGUUGCUAGAGCUUGCUUUAUCUGCCAUGGACGAGUUGGUCAAGAUGGCUCAAACCAAUGAACCCCUUUGGAUCCCCAGCUUUGAAGAAGGUGGGAAGGAGACAUUGAACCAUGAAGAGUAUAUGCGGGGUUUCCCUUCCUGUAUUGGGAUGAAGCCAAAUGGGUUUGUGACUGAGGCCUCGAGGGAGACUGGUAUGGUCAUCAUCAAUAGCUUGGCUCUCGUUGAGACACUAAUGGAUGCGAAUCGAUGGGCUGAAAUGUUUCCUGGAAUGAUAGCUCGAGCUUCCACCACCGACGUGAUUUCAAGUGGUAUGGGUGGAACCAGAAAUGGUGCACUUCAAUUGAUGCAUGCUGAGCUGCAAGUUCUUUCUCCACUGGUCCCGAUUCGCGAGGUCAACUUCCUGAGGUUCUGCAAGCAGCACGCAGACGGGGUCUGGGCUGUUGUCGAUGUGUCUGUAGACACUCUCCAAGAAGCUUCAACUGCGCCAACUUUUGUGAACUGCAGGAGGCUUCCAUCAGGCUGUGUGGUACAAGAUAUGCCCAAUGGUUACUCUAAGGUAACAUGGGUGGAACAUGCGGAGUACGAUGAGAGCUUAGUACACCAGCUUUACCGGUCGUUGCUGAUCUCCGGCAUGGGUUUCGGUGCACAGAGAUGGGUAGCUACCCUACAGAGGCAAUGUGAAUGCCUAGCCAUCCUCAUGUCUUCCUGUGUCCCCACCAGAGAUAACGCAGCAGCCAUAACCCCUAGCGGAAGGAGAAGCAUGUUGAAGCUAGCCCACAGAAUGACGGAUAACUUCUGUGCUGGGGUGUGUGCGUCUGCGGUUCACAAGUGGAACAAGCUAUGCAACGGCAAUGUUGACGCCGACGUUAGGGUUUUAACUCGCAAGAGCGUGGACGACCCCGGCGAGCCGCCCGGUGUGGUGUUAAGCGCUGCCACCUCCGUCUGGCUCCCAGUCUCUCCGCAGCGUCUGUUUGAUUUCCUCAGAGACGAGCGUCUUAGGAGCGAGUGGGAUAUCUUAUCUAACGGUGGGCCCAUGCAGGAGAUGGCCCACAUUGCUAAGGGCCAGGAACAUGGCAACUGCGUCUCCCUCCUCCGAGCUAGUGCAAUGAACUCGAACCAGAGCAGCAUGUUAAUACUACAGGAGACGUGCAUCGACGCUUCAGGAUCUCUCGUAGUGUACGCACCAGUGGAUAUACCAGCGAUGCAUGUUGUGAUGAACGGUGGAGAUUCUGCCUAUGUGGCUCUUCUCCCAUCUGGGUUUGCAAUCUUACCAGAUGGUCCGGCUACUCGUGGCUCCAGCCCAUUUAGUUCUAACGGAGGAGGACCACCUAGGGUAGGUGGUUGUCUACUGACGGUGGCGUUUCAGAUACUUGUGAAUAAUCUACCGACUGCGAAGCUCACGGUUGAAUCAGUGGAGACAGUGAAUAACCUCAUCUCUUGCACCGUACAGAAGAUCAAAGCAGCCCUUCACUGCGAAAGCUAGGCCAGAGACUAGCCAGAUCCAACAAGUAUCUUGGAGAGAGGAAGGUGUUUGGAUAAUAAUGGCUGUUGUUGCUUCUAUCUUCAUUUCUUCUUACUGUUAUUUGUUUAACUGGGACUUCCAAUCCCUGCCUCUGCUCCAGGGAGAAGACAGUAUAGAGUGGUUUCUUUCUUUCUUUUUUUUUUGGGGGGGGGGUUGUUUGAUAGGAUAUGUCGAAGGGACUAAAGGAGGAGGAGGAUGAGUGGUGUGGUGUUGAUCUCGGGACCGUAUUGAAGUGGUGGGGUAUUGAGUCAAGAACGAACCGCGCGAAGAGAAUCCUUGCUGGGUGGUCAGAAUAUAGGCCAUGAGGGUGCUGAGUCUAAAUCGGUUUGGCUAUAUGGGUGUAUUCUUAACACAACGCAAGGGUGGUGGUUCGGGUAUUGACUCGUUGACCCGCAAUUUUGUCUCGGGUUUGAAGAUUAUGAUCAAGCAUAAAAUGGAUUAUGAAUCACUUAUCAAAGACUCUGAAGCAGCAAGAAAUUAGAUAAAUGUAUUAGUGUCUUCGUUAUAUUAUAAUUUUCUUCUUUAUUUAUUUUUGAAUUAUAUCUUACUAAUCUGAGCAUAAAAUGAAUUGAUGAAAUGUCUUUGGAUGA